UACUCGUCCCCUCAUUGACUCUCGCGCUUCGCCUCUCUUCACCCUCUCAGAGCUAGGGUUUAACUAAGCAGUGUGAAUCACUGACUAGUGAACAACCGCGAGCGCCAGCCAUGGCUAAACCAGGCCGAGGCCGUCCGGCGUCACCUUCCGGUUCUUCUCGCUCUCCCUCGCGGUCGCGUUCUCGUUCUCGCUCACCGUCAAGGUCUCGUUCUUACUCCGGCUCCGGUUCUCGGUCCAGUUCUCACUCUCGAUCUCGCUCUAGGUCCUACUCUUCCUCUUCCUCUCAUUCUCGCAGCGGUAGUUCGCGCAGCCCGAGCCCACCUCGGAGAAAAAGUCCUGCUGAAGGAUCAAAGCGAGGUCGUUCACCAGCAGCACAGCCAAAAAAAGCUUCUCCACCUCCAAGGAAAGUUUCUCCUAUUCCGGAGUCUCUUGUGCUACACGUGGAGCACCUUAGUAGGAAUGUCAAUGAAAACCAUUUGAAAGAAAUAUUUGGUAACUUUGGUGAAGUUGUGCGCGUGCAGCUGGUAAUUGAUCGUGAAGUUAACCUUCCUAAAGGAUAUGCAUAUGUUGAGUUCAAGAAUAGACCUGAAGCUGAGAAAGCCUUACUUUACAUGGAUGGAGCCCAGAUUGAUGGAAAAGUUGUUCAUGCCAAGUUCACGCUAGCUGAGAGAAAGAAAGCUUUUUCACCUCCUAAGCCUGUGGCACCUUUUAAGAGAGAUGGUCCUAAAAGUGAUAAUGUCACUAAUGAUGUUGAUAAAGAUGGUCCAAAGCGGCAGCGGGAACCCUCUCCUCGCCGAAAACCUCUCUCUCCGCAUCGAAGGAGAUCUCCAAUUGGACGAAGAGGAUCUCCUAGACGAGAACCCGACUCUCCUCCCCGUCGGUCUCCUGUUCGUCGUCGAGAUUCUCCUUAUAGACGUGCUGACUCUCCACCUACAAGACGGAGGCUUACACCUCCACCAAGAGGAGGGCGUUCACCCUCUCCACCAAGGCGUUACCGGUCACCACCUAGGGGGUCUCCUAGAAGAAUCCGUGGAAGUCCUCUUCGAAGACGUUCUCCCCCUCCUCCUCCAAGAAGACGUUCACCCCGGCGAGCACGUAGUCCUCCCAGACGGUCUCCCAUCGGUCGCAGACGUAGCCGCUCUCCUAUAAGGAGGCCUGUACGAUCACGUUCGAGAUCUAUUUCUCCUAGGAGAGCAAGAGGAGGACCACCUUCUAGACGCGGGAGGUCAUCAUCUUACUCCUCAUCACCCAGUGCUAGGAAGGGACCACGCAAAAUAUCUAGGAGUCGCAGUCCUAAAAGGCCUUUAAGAGGAAAAAGCCCCAGCAACAGUAGCAGCAGUGGGUCCCCACCACCAUCACGGAAGCCCUAGGGUGGAAGUUAGUAGUAAAUUUCAUGUACCGGUUGGCAUCUGGAUAUGAUCUAUAAGAGUUUUAGCUUAAUUGUGUAUCCUCUGUAAUGUGAAGUUGAUUGUUGGAUGUGGAAUCUGUCUAUCAUGGUAUGUCUUUUCAUUAGUUUGAGUGUGAGAUAAUUUGAGCUUAAAAGAACCAGACAUUUUGCAUAGGAUGGGAUGGUAUAUCUGUCUGUUAAUGACUUGGAUUUCCAUUUUGGUUCGUUCA